GACUCUGGUCUUCAUUCUGUCCUCGGCCCCCAGCGCUUAAUACAGUGCUUGGCUCUCAGUCGGUUCCUGCUACCCAAUCCAUCUGCCGAUAACCAUGAAACUUCUCAUCCUGGUCGCCUUCUGUCUCUGCGCCCUUGGCACCUACGUAGCAGAUGGUGUCGGGAGUGAGGUGAUGACAAAACAGAUUUGUGUGAGUCUGACAAACCAGCCCGUAAAAAUCAAUGCACUGAAGAAAUACACCAUUCAAGAAGGACCUAUGAAAGCAGUGAUCUUCUUCACCAGACGUGGGAUUAAAUUUUGUGCCAACCCAGAUGCCACCUGGGUGAAAAAGGCCAUAAAGACCAUGGACCAAAGAACCACCACCAAGAGAAUGGUCAGCCAAAGUCAAGAGAAGACAACUGGCACCCAGCCAUCUACAAAUACAGCCAUAUCUUCAGCCAUUUAGUUCUAUAAUUAACUGCUGAAGAACUCCUUGGAACUCCUGCUCCCUAUCAGAGGGAAUUGAAACUCUUUGUUUUAAUUCUCCUCAGACACAGAGAUAUGGGAGAAAGGGGUUCUUGGUUUUUUCACUGUUUCACAUUUCUAAAGUUCUCACAGAAGCUUCUAUGAAUAAAUAUUUAUUGGCAUGCACAGGCACUUUGGUUAUUUACGGUAAGGUAGGAAGAAGGAAAAGAGGGUUGCCCCCUCAACCAACCUUCCAGAAGAGGCAGGGGGGAAACCAAGUGAAGACAAGGACACGGUCUCUGGGAACACUAAUGCCUGUUAACCUUGGUCCAGGCCUUGCGAGGAGGCAGUUCUGGACAAACAAAUCACUGCCCAGACAGACCACCUCUGACUUCCUGUGCCAACUGGGGCAAAUGAUUGCCAUCUCUGGGCCUUGGUACCAUGACCAAGCCAAGUAGAGGGUAGGGUGCAGGCCUCAGCUAGUCAGGGAGGGUGAGGUGACUGUUGAGGUCCAGGAUACUACCAGGUUACAGGGUAGGUUGGGGCUCAGGUGAAGAGACCAGGCCGAGAACAAUGCGGAAAGAAGAGACGCGAGAAGCUGGGGAGAAGUUCCCUUCUCCCCAGCUUGAGGGGCCUCUGUUCUCCCCAGUUCAAGGAGUUGAGUGGUCUGAAGCUUCUGGAAGACAGGCAAAGGUUUCAGAAUGCUUACCGACAUCCGGAGCUUAGCCGUCUCAUCGACAAGUGUUAUUUCUACUGUGUGGUCAGUAGCCACGUUCGUGUGUGCUUUCUCCAUGUAUUCAACCCCUACUGCGAUUGUAAUCAGAAUCAGCUGGUUUCCUCUUUGCUCUUUCCAUUUCACCCACAUCGUAUC